AUGCUGCUGCAGGAGGCAUACGCCUCAUCCGUGUUUCGGCUUCCAAUUACUGCCCAUCCAGUUAUCGUCGCGCAGACAAUACAUCGCCUUCCGAGUCGAGGCAUCCCUCAGGUGGCAUUUGUGGGGCAUUCAAACUCUGGAAAGUCUAGUCUUAUCAACGGUCUUCUUUUUGGGAGAGAGGUGGCUCGAACAAGCCGCGUCGCAGGACGAACUCGUCAACUCUUCACAUUUGAUUUGGGCAUGCGCCUGUCCCUCGUCGAUCUUCCAGGGUACGGUUUCGCAAAGGUUCCAGCGGAAAUGAAAAAAGACUGGGCACUGUUGUUGGAACAGUACUUGGAGCGGUCUACGCAGUUGCGCCGCGUGGUCUGUCUGGUGGAUGCCUCGGCCGGUGUUCGAACCCUGGACCUCUCUCUGUGGAGUCUGCUCCUCGAGAAGAAUAAGCCUUUUCUUGUAGUUGUAACAAAGGCAGAUCUCCUUACCGUAAGCCCGUGCGCCUCUCCUAACAGCCACCGUAUGCCACCGCCGCAACAGCGCUCUGUCCUACAGCCUUUUGUGUUUGCCGUAUCCGCGAAGAGGUCGCUAGGACUCACAGCUCUCCAGACAAAAAACCCGCGUGCUGACACAGGCGGUGUGGCAGCUGCUGCUGAGGAUCGUCAUGCCUGUUGCGCAGGCACGUGUGCGUCGACUUUUACCGGUGCCGCUGCGUGA